CCAGCCGCAUCCGCAACCAUUGCAGCUAACAAAAUGGCGGCGUUGCGUCGGCUGGGUUGUUCAGCGACGAUGAGGCCGCUUCUGCCGGCCUGGUGCAGGUCGUACAAGAGCGACGUCAGCUUGGACAAACUGUACCCUGCGAGCAACAGCGCGCAGUCGCCGCCUCUCGAAGGAGGCGUGCAGAUGAAGGACGUUCAGAUUUACGACCACGACCCGACGAACCCGUACCGGGUCGAGAUCCGCGUGCAUUUGGACUCGGCUCGGUGGAUUUCACAGGAGGCCAGGGACAGACUGCGACUCACCUGCAAGCCGUUCAUCGACAGCCGCGGGAACUUGGUGCUCGCGUCUGACAAGACUCGCAAGAAGUCCAUCAACGUGGCCGACUGCUUGGACAAGUUGCGAUGCAUGUUGCGCGAAGUGUCGCGACCUCCACCGGACAACAUCCCCGAGACAAGAUUCACCUUGCGGGCCAAGCACGAAAGGCUGGCCGCAGCUCGCUUGCGCAUUCCUAAAGUCCCCGCGGCGGAGAGCGGCGUUUCAUCAUGAAGCAUUUUUAAAAAAAUAAAUGUUGUUUGUAUAUAGAA